AUGAAGGUACAACCUCUUAAGUGCACUGGAGAUGAAGCUAUUGAAAUUCCACAGGAAUGGCACCAGGACGGAGACCUUCUCAUUGGUGCAUUGAUAUCUCAUCUUCACUACAUGUUCCCCAAAGUUAUUUUUGAUAAACAUCCUUCUGAGGAAUUGCUUGACUUCCCAUUUGUGAUAACCAAGUUCUACCAACACGUCUUGGCUUUUGUGUUUGCCAUGAAAGAGAUCAACAAGGAUCCUCACAUCUUGCCCAACUUCACUCUUGGAUUCCACAUCUAUGACAGCUACUCCAAUGCACUAAUGACCUAUCGUACCACUCUGGACCUGCUUUUUAAGUUGCAUAAAAUUGUCCCCAACUAUAUUUGUGGGUCUGAAAAGAAAGUGAUGGGAAUCAUUGGAGGGAUGAGUCCUGAAACAUCCAUUCGCAUGGCAGAAAUUUUGCAGCUUUUCAAGAUCCCACAGAUUUCAUAUGGCUCAUUUCAAUUGGUAGCAACUGAUGAAUCACGUUUCCCUCCUUUUUAUCGCAUGGCCCCUGAUGAAGCUCUCCAGUACAAGGGUUUAGUCCAACUUCUUCUGUAUUUCAGGUGGAACUGGAUAGGACUUGUCAUUGUAGAUGAUAAACAUGGAGAACAUUUCAUACAAACUCUGGAACCCAUGCUCUCGGAAAAUAAAAUCUGCUCCGAAUUCACUGAAAGGAUUGACAGAAAUUUACAAUCUUCCAAAGGAUUAGACCUGAUUGAACGAUGUGUGAGGCACAUUACUUUGUUCACAGAGAAAACAGCAAAUGCAGUUAUUAUACAUGGAGAAAAUACAGUCUUUAUGUGGUUGGCCUCUAUACUACAAAGCACCCAAUUUUUUUUCCCAACGGUUUUUGAUUCUUCACAGAAAAUUUCCACGCAAAAAAUAUGGAUCACAAUGGCCCAAAAUGAUUUCACCUUACAUACCUUCCAAAGGGAGCUUGAUAUGCAAAUGUUCCAUGGGGCCAUUUCCUUCUCAAUUAGCAAAAAGGAACUUCCAGGUUUCCAACAAUAUAUACAGGCUGUCACCCCUUCUGGGGCAAAUCAAGAUGCAUUUAUUAGAGAUUUCUGGACCCAAACAUUUGGCUGCUCGCCAUCAAAUAAAGGUGUUUCUCAAGAUGAGGAGUGUACUGGAGAGGAAAGACUGGAGAACCUUCUUGCACCCUUUUUUGAAACCAGCAUACUUGGCCAUAGUUACAGUAUCUAUAAUGCUGUCUAUGCUGUCGCUCAAGCAUUACAUUCUGCUCAAACAGAACAUGUGAAGACUGAUCAGAACAUACCAAAGGACAGAGAUCAAAUGCAAUCAAAGGUCAUAGAAGCCUGGCAGACAACUUCCUUCAACAACAAUGCUGGAGAUGAAAUUAAAUUCAGUGAAGAUGGAGCAUUAGAAGCUGGGUUUGACAUUGUAAAUUUGGUUACUUUCCCAAACAACUCCUAUAUCAACAUCCCAGUUGGAGAAAUAGAUCUGCAAGCUCCUCCUGAAGAAUCCUUCCUUAUUCAUCAAGACAAAAUCCAGUGGCAUCAUGGAUUCACUCAGGGACAGCUGCCUCCCCUCUCAUUAUGUAAUGACCCUUGUCCUCUUGGAAAAAGAAAGAACAAGAUCGAAGGGCGGAAAUUUUGCUGCUACACUUGUGCUCUGUGUCCAGAAAAGAUGAUAUCCACACAAAUGGAUAUGGAGAAUUGUGGCAGUUGUUCAGAAGAUCAAUUUCCAAAUCAAGCUCACAAUAAGUGCAUUCCAAAGAAACUGAAUUACCUCUCCUUCAAAGAGCCACUGGGCAUUACUCUAGUGUCUCUGGCUCUUUUCCUUUCCUUCUGCACAGGUCUUGUACUUGCAAUUUUCAUUAAGCAAUGGAACACUCCCAUUGUCAAAGCCAACAAUCGCAACCUCACCUAUAUUCUACUUAUCGCUCUCUUUCUCUGCUUUCUUUGCUCACUUCUGUUCAUUGGACAAACCAAUAGGGCAACUUGUUUCCUCCAAAAAACAACAUUUGGCAUCAUCUUCUCUAUUGCAAUCUCUUCUCUACUGGCCAAAACUAUCACAGUUGUUGUAGCAUUCUUAGCAUCAAAGCCAGGAAGCCUAUUCCACAAAUGGGUGGGGCAAAGGUUGGCCUAUUCUAUUAUCUGCUUCUGCUCAUUCAUUCAAGUUGGUAUUUGUGCCAUCUGGCUGAGUACUUCUGCCCCAUUUCCAGAUUUGGACAUGGAGACACUCCUUGAAGAAAUCAUCGUAGCAUGUCAUGAAGGCUCCAUCACCAUGUUUUACUGUGUCUUAGGCUAUAUGGGCCUCUUGGCUCUUCUCAGCUUCACUGUGGCCUUCCUAGCCAGGAAGUUACCAGACAGUUUCAACGAAGCCAAGUUCAUCACUUUCAGCAUGUUGGUUUUUUGCAGUGUUUGGUUGACCUUUGUCCCCACCUACCUGAGUACUAAAGGGAAGUACAUGGUGGCUGUGGAGAUUUUCUCUAUCCUGUCUUCUGGUGGUGGUUUACUGGGAUGCAUUUUCACCCCCAAAAUCUAUAUAAUUAUAUGGAGGCCUGAUCUCAACACUAGAGAGCAUUUAGUACAAAAGAAAUAA